UGUUUUUCUUGCUGUAUUUAUAUAAAUUUGAAAUGAAAUCUUUGGACGAAGAUAAAACUGAGUUUUGUACGAAUCUUGAUUGUGAUGAUCGAAGUGAAGUCAGUGUUUGUGGAAUAAGGAUUGACGGGAAAGGCUUUCGAGUUAAAUAUUUUAAAAACGAAUGUGAACUCUUAAAAUAUGGAUGUAAAGUCGAUAAUUCUAAAGCGUACGGGUUAAUAAAUUCAAAUUAUUGCGAGAAGUCGAAUGGAAAAUUAAUAACGAAUGAUGGAGAAGAGCUAAUGAAACCGGAAUGCGAUAAAUACGACUGCGCCAAUGAAUCGGAUAAGCUCCAAGUCUGUGGCAUCAGGCAGGAAGGGAAGGGAUUUAAAGUUAGACUGUUUCACAACGAAUGUCAGCUUUGGAAAUAUAAUUGCGAGAAUAAACUUAAAUAUAACAUAACUGAUUACCACAUUUGUAAUGGAUUGAGUAUAACGGUUGAAAAUAAACAUGAUACGGAAUAUAAUGAAAUAAAACAACUAAUUGUAGUAGAUGGUACAAUUUUCAACAGGAAUAAUAACGUAAAUGAUACUAUAGAUAAUUUCUUCGCUGCUACCCAUGUAUUUGAUAUGCCGAUGCAAGAAGUUAAAGGGUUAAAUGCGACAACUAGAAGGAUGUUGUUGAAUAUAGCGGGUCCUGUGAAAGUGUUUAAACCUUGGAUUACUAUACCGAAGAACAUAAGCGAUGAUUAUUAUCACCGGCCGACGUUGUCCUCGUGUUAUCACAAAUGUCCGAUGAAAUGUCCAGAUACGUACGCUCCUGUGUGCGGUGUGCCGGGUAUCGUGGCGCGCGAGCCCUCCAUAAUGUUCCAGAACCAUUGUUUCAUGGACGUGGCCCAAUGCAAGAUGCAGUGGGAAGAUAAGAGUCCAACCGCCCUUAGCUCGUUUUACAUCGAGUCUUCCUUUCUCUUUUGUCUUGGAGACGAGCUGAAUGGUUUAUACAGGUUCCUGCCACUAAUCAGAACGCUACAACACAUGGGACGGCUGAAGAAGAAGGGACACUUCAGAUACAAACUCAAGAACAUGAGAUUCUUUAAUAAUUUACUCUCCAGAGAGCCGAAACUUAUGGGCUGAAUGUCAAUAAAAUAUUUCUCAAUCA